AAGGCCCAUUAGCCCAAAUCAAGAGUCUUCUCGGCUGUUAAAAAAAUCCAACACGUGGAGAUGCCUUCGAGCUGGAAGGUGGAACAGUCGGGGAUUUAGGGUUUCAACGGGGAACUCAGUGCUCGACUCUCCGAUCCCUUCUUCUCCGGCCAAACUCCGUCGGAAACUCUCCUCCUCUGCAUUUAAUUGCCUCGUCUCAGCUCAAUUCACGUUACAGCUUCGUUCAGGUGUUGAGGAAGAACUUGGGCUUAAGUAGACAACUUGGUGGGAGAGAUGAAUCACGGGCAACAAUCUGGUGAGGCAAAGCAUGAAGAUGAUGCUGCUCUUACUGAGUUCCUUGCGUCUCUCAUGGAUUAUACUCCUACUAUUCCUGAUGAUCUAGUGGAGCACUACUUGGCUAAGAGUGGGUUUCAGUGCCCCGACGUACGACUAAUAAGGCUAGUUGCUGUGGCUACACAAAAGUUUGUUGCAGAUGUUGCAAGCGAUGCUCUUCAGCACUGCAAGGCUAGACCAGCACCAGUUGUGAAAGACAAAAAGCAGCAAAAGGAUAAGCGUUUAGUAUUGACAAUGGAAGACCUCUCAAAAGCUUUGCGUGAGUAUGGUGUGAACGUGAAGCAUCCAGAAUAUUUUGCUGAUAGCCCGUCGACCGGAAUGGAACCUGCGACAAGAGACGAAUAGCAACCAGGAACUAAGUCUUGAUCGUCUUUCCCAGUAUGGAUGAUCGUCACUUGAUUUUCUAUUGUGUUUUAGUUGAAACAGAACUCUCUCCUCUUCCUAGUCAUCGAUUACAUGUAUAUCAUUCCUCCUGUUGUUUGUUUCUUGACUUGUAUCGCUCUUGUUAUUGAGUUUCAUACCAUGCUUUUAUCAA